CAUCAAGUCACGUGACAAGACAACUACUGCCCAUGACUGAGGCUUUUGGUUCUUCAGUUGGAAUUCAGACAGCAGCGGCGAAAGGUGUCCACAACAACAGCGAUCCUGACAAAAUGGCGGAAACGGCGAAUGGAGCUCUGUUGACUGCUGCUGAGAACGGCUCACUUCGAGGUGUUAGAGAGGCUUUGGAAGCUGGUGCAGACAUUGACUAUGUCCAGCCCGGCAGCCUUAUAGAUGGCAAGGAUACGGCACUGCUCAUGGCGUCCUUCUUCGGGUAUGUAGAUGUGGUGAAACUGCUGCUCCGCAAGGGGGCGUCUUUAACAAAGAGAGACGCUGUUGCAUCGUCUGCUCCCCUUCAUUGUGCAGCGAGAGAAGGUAGGCAGUCCAUUAAACCCAAAACUGAGAAUCGAACUUCUCGGAAGACUAUAAUCUUGUUCACUAAAUGUAUCACAUCUUCCACUAGGUACUGUUUCUUUGGCAUAGUGGGAGAAGUUGGAGACCGCGACUGUUUUGAGAUGCUGAAGUUGAUACAAGAGGCAAUGGAGACCAGGCUGUUGAGAUGCUGCAACCCUACGUGUGGCAGACCUGGCUACAGAUCCACCUUGCAGCUGUGUGCCCAGUGCAAGCUGACCCGGUACUGCAGCCGAGACUGUCAGAAACAACACUGGACUGUCGGACACAAGAAGUGCUGUGGGCAUGACGCGUACACUGGCGAGAGACCAGACCUAUUGAAUUGCAGGAAGCUGAUCGAGUCAACUGUAGGGUGGCCCAAUUAACACUGUACUGUACCCGGAAACAUUUUGGAACAUGUGUAAUUCAUGUACCUUUAGAUGUAAUUUAGACUUUACUGCACAACUUUUGCAUCUUCCAUGCCUAAUCAUAACUUCAUGAAUUACGUUCAUGGCAGUAUUGUUUUGAGUUACACUGUCAUUGGUUUCUAUCUCUCUCCUACUUGCUUCGGUUGCAUGGUCGGUGGAGGUUAAUUUUGACAGAUAU